CGAUGUAUCGUAAGCCGCCAGGGUUCGUGCGGACUCGGUCCAGAGUUCAACCCUUCCCGGACAAUAAUAGGGACAACAUUUUCCUAUCAUGGGUUUUGACUCUUGCUGUUUUCGUCGUUGUCACCAUUGUUUUAACUAUCAGUCUGAGGCCGCUGUUUAUUGAAGAAUCGGCGGUGAAAAAGGAGCGCUUGAACGCAGAGGAAAAGACUAGGAAAACUGGGUGUCAAGAUACCGGAGCUAUGGCGAAAGGGAAGGCGGGACAACCAUGGCGGAAAAGUCAGAGCAAGCGACGUCUUUGUUUUACUCGGACUCCUACCGUAGACGAUACGGGAGUGUUGUUCAAGGCGAGAGAACCUGGUCCUCGACUCGCGUCUUAUAUGUACAGAACCAAGGGCCGUCCCGUUCCGCAGAAGCCUUCCAUAAGGUCCCCGGCGAUGAUCUACCAGAGGAAAAGCUCGGACCUGCUGCCCCGCACCAGCCGGGCCAAGGUGAAGGAAUACCCCGACCAGAAGUGCAGCGUGCUCCCGUGGCUGGUGUUCCUGGCCACGCUCCUGGUCAUUGUCGUGGCCCUGAUGAUCAGCCUCAGGCCGUCUCUCAUAGAUGAACCGCGGACGAACCUCCAUCGCGCCAAGGGCAAAGUCGGAGAUGACGCUGACUACGUAUCGGUUGAGACAGAAGGGGGAGAAGAAGUUGUGGAAAACGACGAGCCAAAAGACGCCACCGCUCAGCAAACCAUCCCACACACAGCCCGGCAAACCGUCCCAGCUCCCGGUACAGAGGACGACACGGCGACGGAGCAAACCGAUGAGCAGCAAGAACCACCGAAGCAAGAACAGCCUCAGGAGAAGCAAGAACAAGAACAACAGCAAGAACAACAACAACAACAGCAAGAACAACAACAACAGCAAGAACAACAACAGCAGCAAGAACAACAACAACGAGAAGAACAAACUAUCAUGAAGGUUCAUCACUUGAAUAAACAACAACAAAAACAACAGGAGCACCUUCAUUACGACCCAGUAAAGGACAAUCUGCCAAGUGACGACGAAGGACCGAAGCGGGAUAAGUACGUCAACCCUGAGGACCAGCCUGUGCUCUCCAUGCAGGUGCCGCCGAAAGGCACAGAGCGUUUGGGAGGAAUGAUGAACUACCACCAAGUAAUCCCUGACGCUCUGGACCAGUCUCCGACCAGCCUGCUACAGGUCUGGUUUCGUGACACGAAAAUUGAGGUCGGGAGUGAAGUAGACCCACAAGUGCUGCAGGCAAUGCCUAGACUGUGGUGGGAGACCACUGAAGGCCAACACUAUACCUUAGUCAUGACAGGUCUGGACCACCCUUCCCGUGCCAACCCCAUCUUCCGAGAGUACUACAACCUGAUCAUCGGGAACAUCGAGGGCAGACCUGGGGAGGAACAGGUCUCCCUGGAGACAGGGGAUGUUAUUGCAGAGUACCUCCCCCCAGCCCCCGCCAAGAACACCGGAGUCCACCGUUACCUCAUCGCGGUGUUCCAGCAGCCCCACCGAAUCGAGUUUGACGAACCCAGGAUGGCAAAAACUGACAAGAAAAGAGCCAGAUUCAAAACCAAGGACUUUGCCGCCAAGUACGGUUUCCCUGCUCCUGUUGCUGGCACUGUGUUCCUCUCUCAGUAUAACGGUGGUAACAAAGCCAAGCCCUAGCUAUACCAUUUUGCAUCAGCUUCACUGAAAAAAAAUGUACAUGUGUAGUUUCAAACCAUACUUAUUCUCUUGAAAGAUGGCAGAUUCCCUUUCUCUUUGGAUUUUUAGUUGUGCAUGUGUGUCAAAUCCAACCACAUAUGGAAUCAUAAUUGCAGCAGUGUGUUUGAAAACAGCUCCGUUUAAUGUAAAAACUUAUUUCCACUAUUUGCAAGUACAAUGUAUGACAAAUCAACAUAAUAUAUUGCCAAGAGCAUAUAGCCAGUUUUUCUCAUCAUUGCUGACCUGCAAGCUUAGAGCUAGUGUUCACAAUCGUAUGCCUUUCUUUAUACCUUAUAAAUGGCAAUAUCAGCAAUAGCACAAUGUUAUCAUAUGACUUUGCACUUUUUACCAUUCCCAUAUAGUUUGCCAAAUACAGUAUCAGUGAUACAACUGUUGUGCAAUAAAGUUGAAUUUUCUUCUUUA